UCCACCCGGCUCAAAUUUCAGCCAAUGAGAAUGAAGCGCAGUAGAUUUGGAUCCGCAGCUGAAGCACUUUUGUUAGCUGAGCUCUCGUCUAAGAAGUAACACAACAAACCUGGACUAUUUACAAUAGUUAAAUGCGCUGAAGGCGUUUCUCGUUCCUAAACUAAGCGACCGAAUCAAACGAGUAGGAAUUGGAAAACACGCAGAUCAAAGUGCAGCCGCUGCAGCGUUUGUUUGCGGGGGAUAAAGGAGCCAGCCAUGCCCUUCACUAGGGGAAAGAAACCCGCACUCCCCGCUGGGAGCAAGAUACCCAAGCUUAAUGCAACAACGAGUGAGAACCAGGACGAAGGCCCACAGGUGAAGAGGUCCUCCUCCCCUCCUCAUGGAGCCCCGAAGAAGAGGACUGCUUUUAUCGACAUCACUAAUGCUGUCGGUCAGUGUCUGUCAGAGUGUCGGCCCAGCAGCGAUGGCAGCUUCAGGACAGCUCAUAAGGUUCAGAUCAGCCUUCCAGGGAGGAAGAAGGAAGCGGGCAAGAAGCAGGUGAAGAAAACAAGCGCCCCCUCAGUGUCUGCGAAGAACAAUGCCAACCUGACAAAGUCUUUGUCGGUGAGCUCAGACGGGACGCCCGAUGAGAAAGAGAAGACUGAUUCAGAGGAGGGGAAUGAAGAGGCGGUGCAGAAGGAUGUAGCGGCUCCAGUAGAAGGGCUGGUUGCUGCUGUGCCCCCUGCUGCCCGUGAAGUGCCAGCACACCUUCAGAAACAACCAAUCCCAGAGGAGUUUGACAUCGACUCUGAGAACUCUGAGGAUUGUUACAUGUGCCCGGAGUACGCAAAGGAAAUCUUUGACUACCUCAAACAGAGAGAGGAGAAGUUUGUCCUCUGUAACUACAUGCCCCAGCAGCCCAGCCUCAACCCAGAGAUGAGGGCAAUCCUGAUCGACUGGCUGGUGGAAGUGCAGGAGAACUUUGAGCUGUACCACGAGACCCUGUACCUGGCCGUAAAGAUGGCAGACCACUACCUCUCCAAGACUCCAGUCCACAGGGAGCUGCUGCAGCUCGUCGGCUCCACCGCCAUGCUCAUUGCCUCCAAGUUUGAGGAGCGCAGUCCGCCUUGUGUCGACGACUUUCUUUAUAUUUGCGACGAUGCGUACAAGAGGGAGGAGAUCAUCUCCAUGGAGGCCAGCAUCCUGCAGGCACUGUCCUUCGACAUCAACAUCCCCAUCCCCUAUCGGUUCCUCAGACGCUAUGCCAAGUGUGUGAAUGCCGGCAUGGACACGCUGACCCUGGCCCGGUACUACUGCGAGAUGAGUCUCAUGGAGAUGGAGCUGGUGUCCGAGAGAGGCUCGCUGCUCGCCUCAGCCUGCCUGCUGAUGGCGCUCGUCACCAAAGACCUGGGAGGAUGGCGUCCCAUUCUGCAGUUCCACUCGGGCUAUCAGACGUCAGACUUGGCACCUGUUGUCCGAAAACUCUACGAGAUGCUUUUAGCUCCUCCAGACGAUAAACUACGAGCCGUCAGGAGCAAAUACUCUCACAAAGUGUUUUUCGAAGUUGCUUCCCUGCCAUUGGUCAACGUUGACAUUUUGGACAACGCGUUAUCUCAGUGAGAUGUCGCCUUCCCCCCCAAAAAAUAAAAUCUUGCCAGUAUAAAUUUAGUGAGAAUACUUUAAAAAAAAGAAAAGAAAAAAGAAUUCCCUCAAACCUGUAUAUAUUGUGUUAAUAUGUUUAAUAUUUAUACAUGUAGUCUAGCCAGUCUUUUAUGUAAUAUUGGAAAUAAAUCUUUAAUUCCAGUUUGUGAUGGAAAAGAGUUUUAAUGUGUUGAGUUCUGCCAGUUUAUUAUGUAAAGGUUUUUAAUAAUGGCAUUUUAGUGUUGCAUUUGGGUACACUGUUUGGCAUUCAUUUUAUAACAUUUUUAUAAGAGGAAAAAACGAGAAAAAAAUUCAUUAGUAAUUUGUAAGCUCCGUCUGUGUAUAAUUUUAAGAUGGAGAGGUGAAAUUAGUAAAUUGCUUACUUUUUACUGAUGAAUUAUGCACUGGCCCUCAAGUUUUUAUAAGUUUUAUAAAUUGUUGAAGUUAGCAGGUAUGCAUGUGUGUAUUUUCAUACAUUGUACAGUGUUUAUCAUGUUAAUAUCACUAUGCUUAAUUAUUUCUAUAAAAGACGACCAAAUGAUGCUGUGCUAUUUUUAAAUAGCUGUCAUGCGUACUCUUAAAAUAAAGUUGUUUUUUUUAUGUU